AUGGAUGCAAUUAAUCAUAAUUUUUUGGAUAUUAUCAACGAGUUAAAAAAAGAAGUUUCUGAUUUGAAAGAAACAAUCAAAAAACAAAAUGAAAGCAACCAAACAGCAUUAGAACUAUUAACAAAGAAAAUAGAAAAAAUUGAAAAAGAGCAUGCUGAUGGAAAAGAUAAUGAUGACCAUAUAAAAGAAGACAAUGUAGAACCAUUAUCGAUCAAGUCUGAAGGAACUAAAGAAAAGAAUGGCCUUUUAAUUAAAAAUAUAAAAGGAUUACUCAAAACAUAUAGUAAAGAUAUUCUUGGUGGUGAAGCAAAUCAAUAUCAUAUCAAAGUGUAUAAUGGUGAUAAACACAAUGUAAAAAAAGAUUUAAAGGGAGUUGUUAUCUACUUGGUAUCAAUUUCAACUGCAAGAAUAAUCAUGGAUGAACAUAGCCAAGAAUUAGAAAAGAUUAAAAAAGAGUUUAUUAACUGUAGAAUCAUCAUUGGAGCUUCGAUCUAUGGUUCAAAUGCUACUCCAGUGGGAACCAACAUUGAUGGUAUAGUUGAUGGAUGUUUAUCAUUUUUUUAUAUUUGUACUACAAAUAUAACCAACUCAAAUGUUUAUCCACUUGAUAAAAAUCAAUCUGCUUUUAAUAUCAUAAAGAAUCAUUUAAUCAAUUAA